AUGGCGCCAAUACUUGUAGAGUGGCAUUGGUGCCUUUAUAUAUGGGAUUUCGAGAGGAAGAAGGUAGUGGUGCUAGAUCCAAAAAACAUGAAACUAGGAAAUUCAGUAUUGGAGGAUAAGCACAAAUGCUACAUUUUGUUACUCAAUUCUGGUAUGAAUGAGUGCUGGAGAAAUCUCACAAAUAACAAUAACAACAAUAAUGAUAAUUGGGACACUGAAUACAUUGAUGUCAUCGGGCGAGAAGCAAACAGCAUCAACACUGGAUUGUAUACAAUCUUCUAUGCAAGAUACUUCAAUGGGGAAGUCAUAACAAGGGUGUUGACUAAGGAGGCCACCCAACUGCAAAGGAUGAACCUAAUGUACCAGCUUCUGAAGAUGGAUGGCAACAUUGGCAAUCCGCCAUCAUCAAUAAGGAAUGCAAUGUACCAUUGCGAAUAG